CCAUGCUGCCGGCUACAUAAUUUUCCACGACCGUGGUCAAUCAAUUGCACCCGCCGGCCGCUCCACGCUGGCGGUAUCCACGCGGUGGUUUUCGGUGGCCCAGAAACACCCAUUCAUGAGUGUAUCUCGGGCUCUUUCCAUAAUACUCCAUGGAGUAUGUAUGCACUGUGUCCAAACUAACCGAAUCUGAUAGGGCCAAGGAACUGUGCCCACUCGGGUAUGUAGUUCAACCGAGGGAUGAUUUCCUAAUUUAGUUAGACCUCCCUCAUUUGGCUGGUUCCCCAUGAAAAUUCCAAGAAUAGAAUGGAGCCUUAGCUCAGCCUUUUCAACGCUCCAAACCACGUUUUGUACUUCUUCUCCAUGAAUUGCAUCUCGGAUUCCCCAGACCAUGCGGUUGCUUUCUCUGGUGUUGUUGGCACUGCAUGGAGUGCAGGCGGCGUUUAUCCGCAGGCUGGAAUGCGACCCUGCCGGUAUUCCGCCGUCUCCGAUAAACCUGGUCUUUGAGCCUCUAAGCCUGAGUGGCGGAUUAGAUGAAUCAGAUGUACUAUACUUGAAGCUCUCAGGGGAUUUCCCAGGCCCUGAUGGCUGUGAGCAAUUCAAUGGAGCAGUCGCAAAGGUCCUGGUGGAUGUGAAGGUGCUGGGCCGUACUGUCGGAUAUCAGAUCGAGUCGAAUGGGAGCUGCCCAACGGUUUCUCCUAUUGGGCAUUUGAGGUCUGAUCCUCGAACGUACACAAAGUACGAGUCGUUUUAUUCAUUGGACGGAGCAUACCGACUCCAUACACUAGUGACAAUCAUUCGUCUUCAACUCGACAAUGGCAGCGAUGCGGCUUGCGUUGCAGCCCAUAUUACACCCGACAUCGGUCCUCUUGCGUCAAACCUUUUAAAGUCACUACCAUUGACCAUCAUGGUCGUCUCGGGCAUCAUUGCCGCUGGGAUGAAGAUCUAUCGCAAUCGGGGAUCGAGCAUGUUCCGCUACGAAUUUGCUAACAGCACCAACGAUCCUGCCGAAUCAUUAUUCCCGGGGAUGGGGAGCUGUCUACAGUACAUCCAGUUUGUCUUCAUGACAGGUUGCCUGACUCUAUCCUAUCCUGGCUUUUUCAAACCCAUCGUCAGUCAGCUUGCGUGGUCGUCGCUUUACUAUACCAAUGGACCUAUUGGGAAUGAGUUUACCUAUCCAGGAAUCGGUGACGGUAUUUAUACGAUGAAUGGGACUUAUGGAUUGGAAGAGAUGGCUCAGACCCUGGGUGCCACUACUGUGGGUGAUCUCUGGAUCAAUUCUACUAUCAAUCUGGCCGUGAUGCUUGUGGGAAUUGCGGCUGCCAUCCAAAUCGUUACACUCGUCAAGUGGAUGAGAAAUAUACUUCCAUUUUGGAAGACACCAGGAGGCCUUGACCUCCGAGCAGAAUUCCUGACUCGUAUCCAGCAUGCUGGAUGGAGUGUUCUUCGCACAGUACUCCAGUACUACCUCCUUCCUAUAGUCACCUUCUCUCUUUACCAGCCCCUUAUGGCGACGUUCUUCCCGGUGUAUCGCACAUUGCUCGCAGUCAUGUUGGUAGCUCUCCUGGCUGUCACACUGGGACUUGUGGUCCGCUACCUCGGUAUGCAAAAUCGACAGGACAUUUUCUUCACGGACAGCAGUCUUUCCAAACGAAAAAUUCGGUCAUGGCUCCCAGAUGCGCUGCAUGGCCUUCCCUUAAUCCAGGGAAUAAUAUUCCUGAUCAUUGUUCUGGCAUUGCAUCAUAGACGAGAUACAUCGCUUUGGAAACCAGUAGUGUUCCCUAUUGUCCGGUUGACAACUAUUCUCAUGAGCUGUGCGUUCCUCCCUGCCGCAUGCCUGAGCGAGGGGACGAAGGGCUAUUUGGGAUAUUCGAUAUUAUUUUUACAUGCUGUCGCAUUGGUUUUCGGAUUCCUGGUUACUGCUAUCGUGGACCUGGCAAAACUCUUGCUGGGAACAGCCGAUCCGCCGGGACGUCCAGAUAGUACUCCGGUAUUCGGAUUAGACCAAUUAUCACGACGCUCUAAGCGACGAACGACCUUUGGUGAAUUACCUGCACUUUCCCCUGGUGACCAAUCCAAUACAAUCUAUAUUACACAUACGACAUUCAGAGCAUCCUCUUUAGAAGGCUCAGCUAUCACUGGAGAUAAUGAAAGACAUUACUCCUUUCGACCCCCUCGUAACAAUCAUACUUCGAGCUCUCCAACGGACGACAGAAGCAGGACAACUAUGCAACCUAUACCAUCGUCAUCAUCGUCGUCCACGCCGUCGUCCACGCCGUCGUCAGAGACCGAUCGAGAGUCUCAAAGCUCUAAUACGGAGCUGGCAGACAUGGACAUGGAAAUGGAUAAACCAUCCAAUGUUGAUUAUUCCGUCCGGGAGUCAGAUCAAUACUAUCGUCACGCCGCUGCGAGGGCUGUUGUGAUGGGUUCACCUAGCCCGAGGCAAAAUAUUCUGUCGGGGUCGACAGACUCGAGUCCUUCUUUAUCUCGGUGGAUGCGCCGUAAGGGGAAGAAGGACAAGGGUUUCGAGGUUGUUAGGUCGAGGCCCUCGUCUGAAUGAUGUACUGCAUAUAUAUUCUCUAAUUAUAUAUAUAUAUAUAUUUAAAAUUAAUCUGACCUAGAGAAUGCUUGGAUUCAUAUAUGAUGC